AAGAGGCUUGAAAAAAGAGCAGCGUGUUAUAUACUCACUGUUUUCUGAGAGGAGCAACAAAACACUGCUUUUAUCUCACGAGUGUUCGAGAUGCAGUGUAGCUUUCUGCAUUUGGAGAUCAGGGAAAGGAGUCUCUAAGCAACCUGUCACAGAAACCCUCCUGCAACGCAGCAGCGUUUAUGAGAAUCAACCUACGCCGUCUGACUUUGAUUUAACUACACUGACAAAACACUCAAACCUGCAAUGACAGACCUCAACUGCAGUGCCCAUUCAGAAGAGUACCAGUACUACCUCUUCCCAGCGGUCUACAUCCUAGCUUUAGUUGUAGGUUUACCAGGAAAUCUGGCUGCCCUCUUCGCCUUCACCUUCAGGACCAGACCUCGCACGGCCUUCAGUGUGUACAUCAGCAAUCUGGCUGUGUCAGACAUCGUCAUCCUCUGCACUCUACCCUUUAGGAUCGACUAUCACCUCAGAGGAAACAACUGGGUCUUUGAGGAUGUCGCCUGCCGUAUCACCGGGAUUCUGUACUUCGCCAACAUCUACAUGAGCAUCUGUUUUAUGACUUGCAUCUGUGUGGAUCGCUACAUGGCCACCGUAUAUCCACACACCUAUCUGAGGAUGCGGAGCCCCUGGUGCUCUGUGGUGGUGAGUGUGGUGCUGUGGUGUGCUGUUGGAGUGGCUAUGCUGGUCUUUAUCCUCAUGGGACCUCUGAAAACCAAUGCAGACAAACCUGGGAGCUGCUUUGAGAAUUUCAACCAGACUGAGUGGAAGACGCGUUUGGGGACAUACAGCCUCCUGUGCCUGACUUUUGGCUCCCUGCUGCCUUCACUGAUCAUCCUGGUGUGUUACCCUGUAGCUGCGAGGCGCAUUUCAAUGAUUAAGACUAAAACAGCCCAAAAGGCAGUGAGGGUCAUUUACACCAUCCUGGCUAUAAUGCUGUUCUGCUUCCUGCCCAACCAUAUAGUGUACCUGCUUCACCUCCUCGUACGCUUGAAAAUAAUCCAGAACUGCUCCGCUAUGAUCGCCAUAUACCACGCCAGGCGGGUCACCAUGGCACUCGUCAUCCUCAACACAUGCCUGGACCCCGUGCUGUACUUUGUCACCACCAGCCACUGCAAAUGGAAGCGCUUAAAGAUGGCAUGGCUGUGGCGGAAAAUCAGGAGGCACAAGGGUGUUUAUAACGUCACAGUAGACCAAGAGGGUUAACAGCACGUUUACUAAUAUAGCUCUGUAUAUGCUUUAUUGUCAUUGAAAAUGUAACUUCUGUAUUGCAAAAAAGUGACUUUUCUAUAAACAUGUUUAUUCAAAUUGGCUUUGUACAUCAAAAUAAAGGGAGAAAUCAGA